AUGUCUCAAAAACCUUUAGUUGUCGUAUUCGGUUCUACAGGUGCGCAAGGUGGAUCCGUUGCUAAUUCACUUCUCGGAACGGAUCGUUACAGAGUUCGAGCAUUAACUCGUAACGUAAAUUCUGAAAAGGCAAAGGAAUUGGCAGCUAAGGGUGCUGAAGUAUUUAAAUGUGAUUUGUUCGAGAAAAAAGAGAUCGAGAAUGCUCUGCAAGGUGCCGAAAUUGCAUAUUCAAUCGUUGGUAAAGGUGUUCACGAAGAAGAAAGAUUAGGUAAAUUGAUUGCCGACAUUGCCAAAGCAGCCGGAAUUAAAUGGAUAAUCUACAGUUCUUUUCCUGAUCUUGCCACCGAAUCUAACGGAAAAUAUCCGACUAUUAACUUAACCGGUAAAAAUUACGUAGAAAAAUAUAUUAAAACAUUGGGAAUUCCAAACGUUACAUUCGUCUAUCUUGGAUAUUAUGCUAAUAAUUUUGAAAGGAUCGUCUACAAGGAGCAGAAAGAUAACGGUGAUGUUGAAAUUGCUCUUCCUUAUUUAAAGGAAGACGAUGUUCUUGCCAUUAUCGAUGUUGAUGACCUUGGACCUGCUAAAUGGAACGGUAAAGCGAUUCCCAUCGCUUCAGAAUAUGUGAAUAUGAAACAUAUUAUUGAUUGUUUAACCAAGGCUUCUGGAAAACGACAUAUCUUAAAAACUCUUGAUGACGAAAGUAUCAAAAAAGGAUAUCCAAGAUACAACCAAGAAAUCAGAGAGAUGUACGGAUGGAUUAAAGAAUUUGAUUUUUUUGGAAAAGACAAAAGCAAUGGAGAUAUUUCUAUCGUUAAACAAUUACAUCCAAACAUUCUUUCCUAUGAGCAGUAUGUUAAAAAAGCUUAUGAAAAGAAAUAA